GUCACUCUACUGGAGAUUUUCAUCUAUUUAUUCAAGUCUGUCUGGGGUACAGUGAAUACAGAACGACAGAAACAGUUUAUGGAAGCGAUGCUGGAGGAAGAAAAUGAAAGACGACAAAGUCUGGUGAUCGUGGAGGAGCCGCAACCGGAGCCGUCAAUAGCAGAGGAGGAGCCGGAGCCUAAAGAACGCGCACCACGUCCUCAUAGAAGGCAAUCAAAACGUGUAUCAAUAGUCCCAUUGCAUAUCCAUGUAGAUAGGCGAGGGAGCGCGACCAUCCGCCAUAGUGUUAGCGGCACCAUCUGGGCGACGUUUAAGUACACAACACAACGACGAAACCAUACAUCUUGCCCUGGUGAAUAG